AUGGUUAGACUCUGCGAGAGGAGGAUGAAGUUCAUCUUGGCCGCCACGGUCAUCGUGGGCUCCUUGUUUUUCCUCGCCUUCCCCAAUGGCUCAUUGGCGGAGGAGAAGAAGAAAGGCUCCAAAGUAACCGCCAAGGUGUACUUUGACAUAAAAAUUGGAGAGGAGAAAGCUGGAAGGAUCGUCAUCGGAGUGUUUGGGAAGACUGUUCCCAAGACUGUGGAGAACUUUAUGGCCUUGGCAACAGGAGAGAAAGGAUUCGGCUACAAAGGCAGCAAGUUCCAUCGGGUCAUCAAACAGUUCAUGAUCCAGGGAGGAGACUUCACCAGAGGAGACGGAACCGGCGGCAAAAGCAUUUACGGCGACCGAUUCGCCGACGAGAACUUCAAGCUGAAGCAUUACGGCCCCGGCUGGCUCAGCAUGGCCAACGCUGGCAAAGACACCAAUGGCUCGCAGUUCUUCAUCACCACUGUGAAGACCAGCUGGCUGGACGGCAAACACGUCGUCUUUGGAAAAGUACUCGAGGGAAUGGAUGUCGUGCACAAGAUCGAAGACACAAAGACGGACAGCCGCGACAAGCCCGUCAAAGACGUCGUCAUCGACGACUGCGGCGUGAUCGAAGUGGACGAGCCCUUCGCCGUCGCCAAGGAGUAA